GUCGCUGUCCUCCAACAUCGUGGGCGCGCCUGUGUUGUUGCUGUUGUUGCUGUUGCUGUUGAUGUUGUUGUUGUGACACACACAGACAACAACUUUACAGCUCACUCUCCGCUCUCACCCAGUCACCCAGUCUCUGUCGCUUGCCAUUUGAGCAAAAGGGACGACGAUGGAGGUCCUUGUAUCGAGCAGCACUCGGUGGACAGAUGGCUCCUUCUUCUUUCUACACGAUGCGAAGGUACAGCCGUCAGAUGAGGAGAGCGCCAUGGCCGGGCUCGUGUACUUUCAAGCUACACAUCAUCUCACAUACCAGCAAAAGGAUGGCAUUGUGCGGCCCGUGGUCAACUACUCGCACCUGGACAACACCUUGCCUGUGGGCAAGCCCCACGUGCUUGUGUUCUCCGACAUCAAGAUCGCCACGUGGUACGAGGACGACGUCACAAUGGCACUGGGAACGAGCGUUGAAGUGCCAGACAUUGUUGCGAUUGCUCAGCUUGGGCGCAUCUUGGCCAUGUUUCGGUUCUUUCACAAGUCGUACCAGCACUUUCGCCAGCUGACCGCUCAAGGGCGGCAUCGCAAGGACCCCAUGAUGCUCGGUUUGUUGCAGCACAAGUGCAAGCAAGUGUUUGCGCCCAUCCUUCAACACGUGCACCCUGUUAAGGAUGAACUGUUCUGGGCUUUGGCGCCAACACCACGGCUCAACAUCUCUGGCGCCAACAACCAUUACUACGUGCUGGCAUCCCAGCUCAUCGCCUCUGUCACCAGCAAGCAUCACACCCCAUGGGCCGCUGUCAUUUUCAAGGACAAGGUGGUUUGCCACCGCAUGCCAUGGGCGCUGCUGAACCACUCGCUCGUCUUUUCCCACAGAGAGACAAGCGCAACGCACGGAGAGCUGCAUCGCAAACAGCUCACGGCCAUUGCUCGGCGCCUUGUCCCAUACCUCGAGGAGAAGAAGAGCUUUGGAGAGCACUACGACAUGUACUACGACGUUUUGGACCCAGACACCGUGGCUGGAGAAGUCAUUGUCUCCGCCCUGCAACAGCUCGGGCUAGCAGCAACACGCGAUGAAGGAAAAGAAUUGUGUCAGCAGAUGAUGAAGUACGGGCUACUGUUCCACGUGGCCAAUCAAGCCGCGUUUGCAGACUCAUCCGUUGUGAUGUACAAGUUUCCGUCAAGCGUCAUUCCAGACCAAGCGACGCCAGCCUCCCGACCAUGGAGUGUGCUGGCGCGUGGAAGGCCGGCAAUCAAGUCCAGUGAAGGAAUUGCGUCAUCGUUUCGCCAGCGCAUGCGUAUCGUGUCCGACUACACGAUACUGGACGGCGCGUCCGAGUCUGCGUUUAUCGUGCCUGUGCACGUUGCACAGCCGCUGUGGGAGGCGGCCACUACGGAUCCGUCGCUCCCUGUAGAGCCCAUCGGGUUUGAAGCCGACCACCCAGCCCCCGAGCACGUGCAGACACCAGUGCGCUCGUCACACAACAUGUAUUCGCACUCUCACUCGCAUUCUCACUCGCAUUCGCACGGGCAGCGCGUGCACGACCACCUCAUGGUAUCUGACGGCCCCGUGUUGACGUCCACUCCGAUUGGCAAAGGCAGUGGACGGCCCGGGGAUGUGAGCGCCACACAGGGCGGCAGCAACAGCGCCAGCAGCAGCCCAGGGCUGUCACCAAACCACCCCAUCACACAGCAUGGUAGUGAUGGUUAUAGCGGCGGCGAUGAUGUUGGCAAGGAGGGUGAUGACGAGGAUGAUGGUGAUGGGGAAGGAAUGGAAGCAAGCGAUGCGGAUGCAGAGGAUGAUGCGGGUGAGGAGGAUGACAUGGUGGAGAAGCAGCCGGACACAAAGGGGGGCGGCAGGAAAGAUGAUGCGCAAACGCAAGUGCAAGAAGGACAGAGGAGUGCGGAGGAUACGCAGGACAGGAAACAAGGGAAAGCCGUAGGCGAUGAUAUCCACGGCGUGGGGAAGGAAUCUCAUCCCUUGCCGAGCGGGCACGACACCCCCAGGACACAGACUGAGGCAAGCGAUGCGUCUGCUUCAGGGACGAGCGCGCACGAUGAUGGCAAGAACUGUGCUGCCAACGACGACGACGACGACGAUGGCGAUGGUGAUGGUGAUGAUGAUGGCGACGACAACAAAGGUGAUGCUGACGGUGUUGCAGACGAGUCAUUCACAAGCGGCAGUGCAGACGGGAAAGCAGACACAGGUGCAGCCACGCCCACCAUGGAGUGCACGCUGUAUGUGCACAAGGUGGAGAACAUGCUGUUCCUGUGCAUUGGCGCACCAAACCAGUCACACGAGUCGUGGCAGCGUAUGCUGGCGUACUUGGGACCGCAGCUGCUCGAGGUGAACAAGGAGCUGCUGCUCAACUUUGAUGCCGCGGCGCCCCCACAGCCGCCCACCACGGAGCCGUCAGCUAGGAAUCUCGUCGAGUUGGAUGGCAUCCUCAACACCAUGAGCUCUGAGAUGGACAAGGACACGCUGCAGCACCCCGUGUAUGGCAUGCUUCGCAAAGGCAUGGUGCCAGAGCGGCAUUUCCCAAUCGACCUCAUGUGGGCCCGCCAAACUUUACUCAGCGACGAGGAGAGCGUGUCGGAGGCCGUGCUGCAGCGCGGGCCGUUUACUGUGUAUGGGAACAAGACGUUUGCGCAGGAGACGUAUUUCCAAACGUGCGAGGAAGUGAGAGAGUCACGUGGCAAAGGGUACCAAGUCACGCACGGCGUGUUUGAUCAGCACGUUGCUCAAGCUGCCACGCGCGCCCACGACCACAUUCACAAAAAGCAGCCCAACAAGCUCCUCAUGUAGUCACGUGUGCUGGUGUGUGUGUGUGUGUGUGCUGGUGUGUGUGUGUGUGUGUGUGUGUGUGUGUGUGUGUGUGUAUGUGUGUGUGUGUGUGUGUUGCUGUUGCGUUGUUUGUUUUUACCUCACUCUUCUCCCUUGCUUGACUGUCUGCGUUGUUAUAUUUGGCCACGACAUACACAAUUUUCCGCCCGUUGCUUGCGAACGUUUCCACCCACCCAUCAACAACAACAACAAUGCACGCACAACAACUACAGCCAUUUUCUCACACACCAAAUACACGAACAGCAAGCAAGCAAGGAACCAAGCGACCAACCAACAACAUCUCCUGCCUGCACACGUUCACGCUCUUGCCACAAGUGCCGCGUCACACUUGCCGACGCCUUCGCCAGCGUCACCACGCCAGCGCCAAGGAAGCCCGAAGCAGCGCCGCCGCAACAACCGCGGGCGCCGUCACCACAACAACCGUUGCCGCAAUCGCAACCGCCGCUGCCACAGCAACCGGCAACAUCGUUGUCUGCGCCCUGUUGAACCCACAACCACAGCCACAACCACAGCCACCGCCACCCGUACACGCCAACAUUCCGCUCACACGCACUUCGUUUGUGCCUCUGUUCCCUUUGAACACCAAUCCGCCUUGACACCCGCUCUGUUGUCACCCUCAACCACAUCUGCACCACCGCACCCCCACUUCUCAUCACCUCCACCACCCCCACCACCCCCACCACCACCGCUCGGCCCGCAAACUUGCUGUUGUGCGCCCAAGGCCGGUUCUUGGGGUGAGACACACGCCAUCCAAGACGCGCCCGACCCCACGCCGCAGGUAACAACUGAGUGCGUUGCGAUGGAGGGUACCCAGUGCCAUCAUCAGUCUUCCGCUGACACAUCAUCACUCCGGACCACAUCCGAUCCCCAGCAUGACAAGGAGUGGGAUGCCUCUGCCCCGCGCCGCAUGGCGUCCCCGCGCAUGGGCGGCCGCAAGACAUACGGCAACAAGCGCGCGCAUGGCAAGCGCAAGCCGCGCCGAUGGAAGCCCUACGCCGAGCUGACGUGGGAGGAGCGCCGCGACCUGGUGGAGCGGGAGGCGCAGCAGGCCGACGCCGCCAACACGGCCGCCCUCUCCCGCUUGCAGAAGAGCACCACAAAGGGCACCGUUGCCUUGCCAAUUGCACCGCGCCUGACGGGAGCAACCAUCAUGGACGAGCGCGAGGAGCGCCUCGGCCUCGCUCGGCUGACAUCCCAGGACCACGGCGAUAGCGAAGACGACGACAGCUACCAUCACCAGCAGCAGCAGCAGCGGCAGCAGCGCGAGGCAAGCAAGUCGCAGCACGCUGACGCGACGCAGAUGGACGGCAGCAUGGAUGCCCACGCGGGCCCGGACAUGGCAACGACGCCAGCAGGCGCAAGGAUGGAUGAAGGUAUGGACACGCGCGCAUCGGAAGCAACGGCGGCGAUGGAUGGGCCGGCGUCGCCCGCGGACUCAUCUGAGGAGGACGAGUUUGAGGAGGCGUUUGAAGACUGCAUGCACGAGGAUUACGGCGCCAUGUCACGGGAAGAGCUGAUUGCCCGCUUGCAGGAAAAGGACGCGCAAGUCUCCACACUUGAGCGCAGGCUCUCCCAGGCGCAACAAGAACAGCAAGGGCAAGAGCAAGAUCAGCAGCAGCAGCAGCAGCAGCAUCAACAGCAGCAGCAGCAGCAGCAUCAACAAGGAGGCGCUGUUGUGGGCGAGUCUGCGUAAGACCAGCACGCCUUGGGUGCUUGAUUACAUUAUGCCUUCUCUCCUCCCUUUUGGACCAUUCUUGAAUCCCUCGUGGGCUUUGUUGUUCUUCUCUCAUGUCUAUUCUCUCCACCUUUAUACACGCACACGGCACACCGUGCACUCAGCGCUCACGCUUUGACCCACGCGUGGCAAUAUCUGAUGUUGCUCCUUGCAUGGCGCGGCACAUGCGGAGCAGCAGCUUCAGCAGUGCUCCUUGCAGCCCUGGCCUGCACAGCCGUCGCGUGGCGACGUGUGGGUGGCAGCGGUGGUCGUGCUUGCACUUGCACGGUUGGGCGAACCGCCGUGCGGGUUGGCUUGACCUCCCCUUGCCCCUUGUCCACCGCGCAAGCUGCGUGAGUGCAGUUGCUGCUUGUUGUGGGUAAGAAGCCAUGAAGCGUGCAUGUUGUGAGGCAUGUCCUCUCUUGCCGUUGUUGCGUGUGUCAAUGCUUCUUUGCGCUUCGCUGUCAAGCAUGCAUGCACAGUCAUUGCGGGGACAAGCACGGCCCUUGCCCUUGCCCUUGCGGCGUCGCUGGCUGCCUGACCGUUUGCACAGCAGCACGCAGGUGCGUGCGUGCAGUGGCGUGGCCCCUGGCCCUGUUCACUGCGCCAGCGCAGCGCCAACCACGAUCGACCACGCCGCCAAUAGACCAACCAACCAGCCAGUUGCAGGCUGGUGCUGCCGGUUGUUGGGUGUGCGUGGUUUGUAUCAGUUUGUCUCCCGCGUUGUUGUCGCUCUUCCUUGUCUGAACAACAGAAAUCACGCGCAGGUCGCGUGCCGUCAUUGUCUCCAUGAUGGCUUUGUCUCUCACCAAUAUAAUGUCAACAGAACCAACAGAACCAACACAACCAACCACUUGUGACUUUGUUGGGUGGAGGGAGGGAGG